AUGAUAUGCUCUACUGCAUCUUCUUUGGCACUUGGCCUUACAGUCUUGUUGGCAACGAUUCUGAAUGUCUCUUGCAAUUCUGAAGUUGACGAGACUACUCGUUGGAGGGAAUGUGUCAACAGCAACCAGAGUAUUUAUGACUUCCAAAUUGAAACUCUUCAAGGAGAUUACACAGACCUCAGCCAAUACAGAGGAAAAGUGAUUCUCUUGGUCAAUGUUGCUACUUUCUGCGCUUACACCCAACAAUAUACAGACUUCAAUCCCAUGCUUGAGAAAUAUCAAGGUCAGGGACUAGUCAUUGCUGCAUUCCCAUGCAAUCAAUUCUACUUGCAAGAGCCAGCUGAGAAUCAUGAACUCAUGAAUGGACUUACCCACGUGAGACCUGGAAACGGAUGGGUACCACAUCAAGAGCUUCACAUUUACGGAAAGAUUGAUGUGAACGGAGACAACCACCAUCCACUUUAUGAAUUUGUCAAACAAUCCUGCCCACAAACUGUUGACAAGAUUGGAAAGACUGAAGAAUUGAUGUACAAUCCAGUGCGUCCAUCUGACAUCACAUGGAAUUUUGAAAAAUUCCUUAUUGACAGAAAUGGUGAGCCAAGAUUCCGUUUCCAUCCAACCGCCUGGUCCCACGGAGAUGUUGUGACUCCAUUCAUCGAGCAACUCCUUGCUGAGCGAGCCAACUAA